CUGAUUGGCUGCCGCCUGCAGAAGGCUCUUUGCGCCUCUAGCUGGGCUCUUUACUCGCUCAGAGCAGGAGGGAAGCAUGGCUCGGCGGGGCUCGGCUCUUUCCGCCUUGAAGCAGUGCCUGCUCCGGAGCAACGGCCGGCAGGAGCAGCAUGGAGUGGCCGCCGCCUCCCUCCAGGAGCUUCGCAGCAAAGCUUGUGAGCUCUUCGCGAUUGACACGGCGUCCCAACCCGUCACUUUAGUUUUGGCAGAGGAUGGCACCAUUGUGGACGACGAGGAUUACUUCUUGUGCCUGCCGCCAAACACCAAGUUUGUGGCGCUGGCGAAGGAUGAGAAGUGGGCCUGCAGCAGCAUAGAUGGAGGCACCGCUUGGCUAGAGGGAGAGGUCACUGAUAUAGAUGGACCGGAAAGUGGCGAGGAAAAGUGGCAACGCCUGGCCAGACAACUGAAAGACGACCUCUCCACCAUCAUCUUGAUGUCCGAGGAAGAUCUCCAGGCGCUUAUCGACGUGCCCUGCCUGGACCUGGCCCGAGAGCUUUCCGACACGCAAGCCAAAGUCCAAGCGCUGCAGGAGACACUUCAGCAGGUGUUGGACCGGCGGGAGGAGGAGCGGCAAUCCCGCCAGCUUCUGGAACUUUACCUGCAGGCGGUGAAAAACGAGGACCACAUUGUACCCAAGAGAGAGGAAGCAACAGACACAGCCAUGGAGGAAGCAGAUACAGUGGAUGCCGGAGGCAGCAGCAGAGUUGCAGCAACGGUUCCGCUCAGCAGCCACAUCCUGACGGCACUUCGAGAAAAGACGGCUCCUGAACUCAGCUUAGAUAGCCAGGACCUAGAGCUGGUUAAUAAAGAAGACCCAGACGUUUUAGCUCAAGCCCUGAGCUGGGAGAAGACAAAGGUCCUCGCCUUGCAAGAAGCCUGCGAGCAGGAGCUUUCAAGGCGCCUGCAGCAAGUCCAGGCCUUGCAUUCCUUGAGGAGCUUCUCCAAGGGAAAGAAGAAGUUGCCGUGGGGGGAAUGGCUGAGCUCCAAGCGCAAGAAAUGAGGGGCCGGGCGGCUGAAGCUAGAGGCUGGUGCUUGGAGGUGGCGUGUUUUUUCCUUCAUGUUCAAGAAGACUGAAUAUGAGCUGGACAUUAUUCCACCAAGUCUGAAGCAUCUCGCAAUAGCUGAAAGUUGUCUUUCCGCAGUGCCAGCUUUCAAACAGGACUAAGGAAAAGGGAUAAUUUUGCACUGAAAUUGGAAUAACGAAGUACGAAGAGAGGAAAUGCUCUUUAAACAAGACAGUCUCCUUGGUACUCAUUGUGAUGCAUUUAUCGCUGCUGUUUCAAAGUCAAUUGGUUUGGGGUUUAUUUAUUUUUUUAUCUAAUCUCCUCUUGCCUUAUCUCAUGGUUUUCUAAUACUAUUCUAUAAUGUUUAUGGCCAUGCAUUCAUGUGUAACUAUCAUCAAUGUCCUGUGUUUCAAUGCCACGUCUGCAAAGUAGGCCCAAAAGAUAACUGCCUUUUUUGCCUUCACAAAAAACUCUUUAUUAUUGUCAAGGGCAUUUUUUUUCACUUUUCUCAGGGAUAGUUUACCAGCAAUUUGCAAUCCAGGAACAAGCAAAGCACUUUCUUUUCUCAGUGCCAGCUCCUUUUCUUUCUUCACUGUUUCUCUUAAAAUGUGUGUGUGUUUAAAUCUGAAUUUCAGGAGCAUUUCACCUAUCCAGUGGUUUUUCUUCCAAGUUUUUAGAAAUUUUAUAACUUCCAAUGAUGACUUAAGAUGGCUGCAGCAUCAUGCAACUACUGCUGUUCUUUCUACCCAAUAAACUACUAAAUUAGGAUUGUAAAAAGCAAUUACUUUAA